GAUAUACUUGGUUCUAAAACGGUCUCCGUAAAAACGGCCCGAAGCUCAGCAGGCGACAAAGGAAGGAUCUUUAAUGAUGAGGGUGAUCUCUAUGCUCCAGGGAUUACUGUGAUAUACAAUCAGCAUGUAUAUAAUAACGAGGAGUUGUUCCAGCGCUGGAUAAAGGAAGAUCUCUCAACUGUAAAGUCACCGUUCACGGACUUCCUUUUGGUGAUGGAUGCUGCCUCAUUCCACCUUACAGAGGGUGUAAUGGAGGAAGUUAAAAAACAGCUUAUUACUACGGCGUUGAUCCCUGCAGGC